GGGCUCUGUAGUCCGGCUCCACCUCAGCAGUCCUGAAGCGACGCCUCGCUGCCGCGGGAACUACGAGCCCCAGCAGUCCUUCUUGGCGCGCACGGAGUGGGGGCGUCACGUGGGCCUUCCGUCUGGGCGGGCUCGCUGCUUAGCGCAGCGGCGGCGGCGGAGCGCGGCGGCUCCCGGGAGAGGGGCCUUUUGUCUGGAGCGGCGGCGGUGGGGCCCGGAGCGGCGAGCGCCGGCGUCUCUCCCCCAUCGCGCCCUCCGACCCCACUGCUUUGGCCGCCCCUCGGGAGCUGCAGGGGGUCCGGGUCCGGAGGCGGACCUCUUUCCCCUUCUCGGGCCACCCGCCCACUCGGCCGGGCAUCGCCCGAAGCGGCCGGCAGCCCCGCCCCACUCCGAGUCCGCCACCCGCCGUGCUGUGGGGAAGACCGGGCCAGCGUUUCCUCGCCGCCGCCGCCUCGGGACCGGGGAGCCCUCGGGCCGAGCCGCUGUCGCCCCCCCCCAGCAGGCCCCGCCGUCGCCGCCGCCGCCGCCUGGAGCUCCCUCGGCGGGCAGCAUGAAGAUCAAGGAUGCCAAAAAGCCCUCUUUCCCAUGGUUUGGCAUGGACAUAGGAGGCACUCUUGUGAAACUUGCUUAUUUUGAACCCAUUGAUAUCACAGCAGAGGAGGAGCAAGAAGAAGUUGAAAGUUUAAAAAGUAUCCGCAAAUAUCUGACUUCUAAUGUAGCCUAUGGGUUGACUGGAGUUAGGGAUGUUCAUCUUGAACUGAAGGAUUUGACACUCUUUGGCCGAAGAGGGAACUUGCACUUUAUCAGAUUUCCAACCCAUGACCUGCCUACUUUUAUCCAAAUGGGGAGAGAUAAAAACUUCUCAACAUUACACACGGUGCUAUGUGCUACUGGAGGUGGUGCUUACAAGUUUGAAAAAGAUUUUCGCACGAUUGGAAACCUCCAGCUGCACAAACUGGACGAACUUGACUGCCUUGUAAAGGGCUUGCUAUAUAUAGAUUCUGUCAGUUUUAAUGGACAGGCAGAAUGCUAUUAUUUUGGCAAUGCCUCAGAACCUGAAAGAUGCCAAAAGAUGCCUUUUAACUUGGAUGACCCAUAUCCACUUCUGGUCGUGAACAUUGGUUCUGGAGUUAGUAUUUUAGCUGUCCAUUCCAAAGACAACUAUAAGCGAGUUACUGGAACAAGCUUGGGAGGUGGCACAUUUCUAGGUUUAUGCAGCUUACUGACUGGCUGUGAAAGUUUUGAAGAAGCUCUUGAAAUGGCUUCCAAAGGUGAGAGCACUUAUGCUGAUAAAUUGGUCCGUGAUAUUUAUGGAGGAGAUUACGAGAGAUUUGGCUUGCCAGGAUGGGCUGUAGCAUCUAGCUUUGGGAACAUGAUCUAUAAGGAGAAGAGAGAAUCUGUUAGUAAAGAAGAUCUAGCAAGAGCUACUUUAGUUACUAUCACCAAUAACAUUGGUUCUAUAGCAAGGAUGUGUGCUGGUAAUGAGAAAAUAAAUAGAGUUGUCUUUGUUGGAAAUUUUCUACGUGUCAAUACUCUGUCAAUGAAACUUUUGGCAUAUGCAUUGGAUUACUGGUCCAAAGGCCAGUUGAAGGCAUUGUUUCUAGAGCAUGAGGGGUACUUUGGAGCAGUUGGUGCUCUCUUGGGGCUGCCAAAUUUCAGCUAAAGCAUGGAAGGUCAAUAAUGCCAGCUGAAAAUCAGAAGAAUUAUUAUUGCAUUAUUUAAAUUGAUGGGAACCAAAGGACCAGGGGGGAAAACAGCAAUGUUGCUAUUCAUUUUUAAAUGUCAAAAUGGUAAGCUGCUGAAUGUUGCCAUAUUAAAGUGAGAUCUUGGUAACAUGAAGCAUUUCCAGUUGAAAUGCUUUUGGGAUUUUGGUCUUACUCUUCUGUAUAUAGCCAGUAUUAAAUCCUUUUGAUGCAAUACAACCUCUGAGCUUCUCAAAUAUUUUCAUUUAUUUUUAAAUAGUCAGCAUUAUGGUACUGUAUGCUCAAAUAAAAAUCUUGAGGUCCCCAUUUAGUUUAUUCUGAAUGUAUGUUAUAAGGAUAUCUUGCCCAUUUUUUGCUUACUUUUCAUUCCCUGUAUUGAAAAUUCACCAUGACGACCAAGGCAUCAUUGAGAUUCCAUUUUCUUGCAUAGAAAAUUUCAGGCAUUGAGAACCAUUAGUGGUUUUCUAAUGCAUUUUCUUAAGUUUCUAUAGUUGAGAGAUCCAGCAGAAUUUAAAGUAUUUUCAAAUACCAUAAUGUAAUUAAAAUAUAGCUAUUUGUGAAACUCCAAGUUCUGACAUUCUUCAGUUGGUGCAGUAGAGCACUGUUCAUGGAGUGAAAUCAUUAUGGUGAUUUCUUUAAUAAUAAAUAAUGCUUUAGAUCAAAAGUGUACAUAGCUCAAUUUGGAUGUUAUUUUCUCUAAUACAUUCCUUUCAACCCAGACCUUAGCCACUCAUAAGGUCUGAAUCAACAAGGCAAAAACACUUUGUAUCCCAUUAUGUGGGAGUGGGAUACCCAGCUUUAAUGUUGAGCAACUUUGUUAAUUGAAAGAUUAGUUAUUUUGAAGCUUCAUGGGAUUCAGAGGCAGUAUUGCAGAAUCACAAAAGGAUCAGUGUUUUUGUACAUUCUGGCAAUAAAAAUGAUAAUUCCAAUGUUUGUAGAACUUGUUGGUCUUGGAGUUUACCCUCUGUUUUGGAAUCAUUGUUUUUGGUAAAUUUGUGUGAAGUUUUUUAUUUUCAAAGUAAUAUCAAAAUAGUUAAGUGCAAAGUUCAUGAGAUUUGUAGGAUUUGGAAGACUCAGAAUAUUAACCACCUCUUAACAUGCACUAUGAUGGUACUCAUUACAAGAAAAGUGUUAUAUAUUUGUAUAAAACCACAGCAUCAUUCAGCUAUGGACACAGAGUAGAGAAGACUUAUGUUUUUCAGUAGGCUAUAAUGUGCUAUAUAGACCUUUCUCCAUGUAUCCUUUAGAUAUCAUGCUCAAAUGUUUACCAGACCCUAUUGAUCAUAAGAAUUCCUUCUAUAAAGGCAUUCAUUUCUGAACCACGGAAUUAUGAGGGAAAUUGGGAAUAAUGAGAAUGGCAUUUUAAAAGAAUGCAGUUAAUUUUAAACUGAACAAACUUCAGGUCCUAACAUGUUAUAAAAUCUCAAAUGAUAAUAUCCCUUUUCAUUUUUCUUAUAGCUAUUGCAUAUUUCAGCCAUGAUUUCAUUAUUUUGAAGACUUUAAUUUGGGCUUAAACUCAAACUGUAGUCAAAAGCACUAAAUGGAAUAUGUGACGUUGAUUUUUCUCAAAUUUCAAGUGAUAGAUUUUAUUUAAAAAUUGUGUGGAUGUCCAUGUCUUAAUGUGUUGGAAUUGGUACAUCCUGAAUUUUGGUCGUCUUAGUGGUGAAAUCACCAAACCAAAGAAGGAUGCAGUGACCACAAAGUCUGGACCAUAUCCCUGUUUUUUCAGUAUUUAUCCUUUUUUUUUUUUUUUUUUUUUUUUCCCAGGAGCAUGAGGAAAAUUCAUUAGCUACAAAAGCUAUUAAGAUUAUACUUUAAAAUAAUCUUUAAAUUCCCUCUUAAGAUUAGUCACUGAAGGCCUCAAAACUGCAUGCUUGAGAAAUAACUUAAAAUGAACAUGGAAGUUUUCUGAAUAUGGAUUAUCCAAAGAGAACCCCACUUGAGGGAAAAGAAUAUAUGCAAUCCUGUCAGGAAAUAUCAGGAAAUCUCUUCCCACCCCACCUCCAUCUUUUUUUAUCCUGUGGUACUUCUGCAUGUUCCCAGUAAAUAUCCUAUAUCACUCUUAGUAUCCAGUGUUCUGUUACGGAUAGAUUUUUAAAUAGCAAAAUACCUGUUAGGGCACACUUUGUCAACAAUUUCCAAAAAUCACAAUUUUUUCACUAGGUCGAUUUGGCAAUUUUCAGUGCCUUAAAUUCUUUCAACUUCGGUAUUAUCAGAAGCUAACUUUCAGCACCCAAGAAAUAGCCUAUUGAGAGUCCUUAAUUGAUUUAUUUGUCUCUAUUACCUUGUUGAAAUAACUGUCUUAUACUUAAUUUUUAUUCCUAAGAAAAUAAAUGGGAUGUAUUCUGAAAUUGAAGGAGCAUAGCAAUCUCAGAAUUACUCAAAAGGUGGUUUGAGAGGGGAAAGGUUAGCCUUUUUUCCCUGGGGGAGGGAAGGAGGGAAGAAGAGCAAGGUUUCUUUUCAGCACUAAUCAAUUUACUUGUGGCAAAGUAGUAAUAGACAAUAGACCUGACCCUAUUGAUUUUUGAGCACUAGAGACUUGUUUACUUUUAGCUUAGGCAAUAAAAACUUCACUGCCCUUAGUAGAACAUUUAAAAAUCCUUGAACAGCAUAACUUAACUUGCCAAAUAGCAAGAAUUUAUAAAGAUUUCAUGAACUUUUUGCCUUUACUAAUGCAAGUUUAAUAACUUGUGUUGGAAGUACCAAUAGUUUGGAAUGCUUAUUCCAUCUCUAUAAGCAAUAUAAUGGACCAAGAAAAUGACAAUUUUUUUUUUCCUUUAUCCAUGGUAUUAUUGGGUUAAAAGAAUGGUUCCUUGUCCCUUUUUGUUUUCUUGUCUUAAAGAUAAAACUAGGUAGUAGUUCUGAAAUACUCAUAACCACUGAAUUCUUCUUGGGAGAAAGCUUGUUUUUUGAGGAUUUUUUUUGUGUGGUUUUUUUUUGUUUUGUUUUGUUUUUAGCUAUAAAGAAUUGACCACACGCUUUGUAUUUUUUUUUGAGCACUUUAUGCGUUUUAGAUAUUGCACUUGUGAAUGUAUAUUGGUAAUAAAAUCUUUCUCCACUAAAAGCCAUUUAUAAAGAAUAGUGAACAGAAAAAAAAAUGAGUAUUUGGUUAUAUUUGUGCUUUUACUCACCAUUUGGUUCAUGAAGGAAACUGGUUUGCCUUUUCUGGUGUUAUUAAACAUUUUUUUCCUACCAUUAUGUAAAAUGGCCUGACCUGCAAAAGUGUCAAUGAAAAUGUUCCUAUUUACACAGUAAGUCUACUUUCAUUGAAACAUCUUUUCAAUACUGAAGAAGUUGUCGCCUUGGAUUUUUUUAAAGUAUCUUAAUUUUUUUAAGGUUGCUUUAUUCUUUUAACCCAUAUCAUCAAAAUGAACUUAGGAGAUGUGUACUUUAUGUAGUUUAUUUUUGAUUUAAGGAAAUAGUUUGCUGUGAUAGUAGUUUAUAUUGAACCUAGUAUGUACUUGGUAGAGACUUAGUUACUGUUUUUCCUUAAAAAUAUUUAAUCUAAAUUAAGUUGCAAAAAAAUAAGAAAUUUAACAUUGAAGUAAACUUAAUUUGUAGUAUCUUAUUGUUUACAUUGGGUGAAGCUGUAUUCUAUUUUGUAAAUAGAACGAACCAUCACUAUUUUAACUUCACCUCAAUAGGCCUCUUUUCCUCAUGAAAAAUGAGGGGGGAGGUUAGACUAGAUGGUCUCUAAAGUUUCUUUCAGCUCUUCUGUGUUUUUGUGAAAAUGCACCAUCGGAAUCUUAGAGAGGAAAUGCUAUGUUUAAAUUUAGGAUUACAUACUGUAAUAUGCAAUGAAGUCCAAAUUCAUGUAAUGCAUAUAAUCUGCCAGUGUUAAUAGGUACUGAAUUUGUAUUCUUAUCAAACUGAUAACUAUUCUCAAAUUUAAAAGCUAUUUAGUGUUUUUACAAAGUGGAGAAAUUGUAAAGUAACAGCCUUAUUUAAGCUGAUUUGUAUUUGGUUAAUUUAACAGCUAUGUAAGUAUGUUGGAAAAUUUGUUUCCAGUAACAUCAGCAGUUAAUGGUUUAUUUAUUUAUUUAAGAAUGUUUAUGGCACACUUAACAGCUUUGUUUUUGACUAGUAGAAUUGAAAAUGGCUGAAGUUUAGGGAAAAAAAGCAAUUAACUAGAUUUUCAAUGUAAACUGAAUCACAAGCAUUAUUCUGAAAUGCCAUAUUUGUACAAAGGGGAAAUUUUCAUCAUUAUAAAUACGAACUUUAUCCUUCAAGUGAUAUAACUAUUUCUGGGAUAUUGUGGUUUCCAUCUUUUUUUGUAAUAGAACGCAAGUGUUGGAGGACUCAGGUACUUGUACAUUUAAUAUCAAACACUUGAUCCAUUCGAGAGUUUACAAAGGAUAAAUGAUAACUUGCGAACAUAUAUCAUAAAUAGAAUAUUUUAGAAUUUCCUUUAAAUUAAUUUUAGAAUUUCCUUUGAAUCUUUAGUUGAUUGAGAAUAAUGUAAUAGAAAAAGAGUAACUGUUCCCUUUCUGUUCGUAAUAGGAUUAAACAAAUGUAGCAGUGAAACAAUUACAAAAAUCACAACCAGUGCUGAAUGUUAGAAACUGAGAUAGGAAUGAUCUGUGUUGAGCAAAAGCUUAAAAAAAUUGUCAGUCUUUUCCUUUGGUAGUUAUAAUUUUCUUUUAUUUCUGUAUUUCAUCUGCAUGUUAAUUCUUUGGCUUUUUUUAAAUAAUGAAAAUAUAUUUCAGUUUGCAAAAAAAUUUGCAAAUUUUUGUUUGUGCUAUAAAUAUGACUAGGAUAUAAUUAUUGAAUAUUGGCUAUAAUACUGAUUUUUAUAUCUUUCAAAUUUGCCAUGCUUGAAGUCCUGGUGCAUCUUAAAUAAUCACUAGUAUCAACCUAGACAAUUUCUUAUAGAAAAUUGUGGAAAUAAAGUGAUGUAUAUGCUGCAGUCUUUUAAUAUUUCAUUUCUACCUGGAAUGAUACAAAUAUUAAUCUGAAGUCUAACCAUGGGAAAAUUGUAGCCUUUUGUUUUGGAGAGGCUUUAUGUAUUUUCAAUUGGUAUUUAGAAAAUGAGAAAAAUCAUUCCAAAGAGCAGAAAUGUAUGUGAUAUUCUCCUUUCUUGCAGUAUUUUGAUGGAAGUAAUAAUUUGAGGCCAUGUGCAUAAUUUCAUCUAUAUAUAUUCUGUGCUUGAGUGUGUAAAUUAAGCUAUAAGUGAAAAUAUUAAACUUUCUUAAAUUCAACUUGUUGCCCUUUUACUAACCAAAUUAUUCUAAAAAUAGUUUUGGCAUCCCUUAGAGAGAAUAGCUAAUUUUAUAAACAUCAGAUGUUUUUUGUUUGGAUUCCCUUUGUCCAUAAAAGCCAUUUCAGUUUUAAAUUGCCUUAUUCUGUCACAUUGUACUUGUCUGAAUUUUGUUUACUGUUUUGACACUGAAUCUGUGAUGUAAAAAUAUAUGAUGGACUAUAAAUUUUAUUCCUAAUAAAACUAAGUUAUACAGCAAUGUAAACUAUAAAACAUUUCUUGUAAAUUGUCUAAUUUAUUUUUCAUCUUGUUACAUCAACAUGUACAGUUUCUUUGAUUCUCAUUAUGACUUAUGUAAACAUUCCCAUAAUUUGAGAUUUUCCUUAAUGCUCGUUUGCAUGAAUGAUGCCUGAGUUUCAUUCUGAUAUUGUAUUGCCAUUAUGCCAACCUCCUUAAUACCCUACAGACUUUUUAAAUAGUUGAUUUUCCUGAUUUUGUUGCUCUUCUGUAUGAACACUAGAAAUCAUGCUUUUUAUCUUUCCUAAUAAAAUUCUUUCAUAUUUACUGUG